CUCAAUUCCCUCAUUCAUAUAUAGUUGUCUCUUUUCAUAUGCUACGACCAAAUAAACCGCAAUGUCUUUCCCCAAAGAAUAUCCCACGCUGCCUCGCGAAAGUACCUUGACCCAGCUUCCUCCCGAAUACCCCGCAGACGCUCAGGAACAGAUCGUACAGCUUCUCUCGACAUCUUCACUGAAUCGCUUAGUUGUGCUAGACGAUGACCCUACAGGCACCCAGACCUGUCACAAUAUCCCUGUGCUCACCGUCUGGGACAUCUCGACGCUGAUUAAGGAAUUCCAGCAAGAUUCCCCAGGGUUCUUUAUUCUCUCCAACUCGCGCGCUCUUCCCCCACUUGAAGCGGAGAAGCUCAUCCGCGGCAUCUGUGCAAACGUGUUGGAGGCAGCCCGAUCCACGUCUCAGACUGUCGACAUCGUCCUCCGAGGCGACAGUACAUUGCGUGGCCAUUUCCCACUAGAAGCAGACGUCGCGCAGUCCGUGUUCGGCCCCGCAGAUGCAUGGGUGCUGGCCCCCUUCUUCUUCCAGGGUGGACGGUUCACCAUCAACGACGUACACUAUUUCGCCAAGGACGCGACCUUUGGGUACAAAAGCUCGAAUCUGAGGGACUAUGUCAUGGAGAAAGCGCCUGGGCGGUUCGGCCCCGAGCAACUGCACUCGAUCACAAUCGAGGAUAUUCGAAUCGGCGGGCCCGAUGCCGUAUACGAGAAGCUCAUGAGUUUCCCCAAGGGCGGCGUCGUCAUCGUCAACGCCGCAGCGGAGUCGGACAUGCACGUUUUCGUCGCCGGCUUGCUUCUGGCCGAAAGCAAAGGAGAACACUUCCUCUACCGCACCGGCGCUGCCUUCGUCUCCUCCCGGCUAGGAAUCCGCUCCAUCCCACCCAUCACAGCCCACCAACUGGCCCUCCCCUCCCCACGGGAAACAGGCGGCCUCAUCCUCGCCGGCUCCUACGUCCCCAAGACAACCGCCCAGCUCAAGGUCCUGACCGACACCCGCGGCUCAACCGGCGCCCUCGCCAUCAUCGAAAUGGACGUCGCGGAUCUGAUCGCCUCACCCGAAAGCGCGGAGCGCGUAAUCCGCCACGUCGUCCAGCAGACAGAGACGCACCUGCAGUCCGGCACGGAUACGCUGGUCAUGACGAGUCGGAAGCUGAUAACGGGGCAGGAUGAGCUCGACUCGCUGGCUAUCGGGGCUAGAGUCGCCGAGGCGCUGGUUAAGGUUUUGCAGCAGAUCCAGGUGCGGCCGAGAUAUAUCAUUGCCAAGGGCGGGAUCACCUCUUCCGACGCUGCUACCAAGGGGCUUAAUAUCAAGCGUGCCAUGAUCGUCGGUCAGGCUGCGCCUGGUGUGCCGCUUUGGCGAUGUGAUGAGCCGACGUCCAGGCAUCAGGGUGUCCCGUUUGUUGUGUUCCCGGGAAAUGUGGGUGGGGAGUCGACGCUGUGCGAGCUGGUGGAAGCAUGGAGCUGAGGAUAGACGUCGUCUGUAUGUAUAGUUUCACAAUGAUCUGAAUGCACAUAUAUCCAAUUGAAGAGAGUCUAC